AUGGUACGCAAAGCGAAAGAGGCAGCACCAGCCGCCGAAGAGCAUCACGGCGGUGGACACAUAACAGUCACGGCGCAGCAAUCGCGGUACGCAGUUGAUUCUGUCGAUGCACCCGCGUCGAAAGAGAUACUCGUCAAAGACCUGUCUAUCACAGUCGCUAACCGCGAACUACUAUCACGUACAACACUUCACCUGGUAGAAGCACGCCACUACGUGAUGGUAGGUCGAAACGGAACAGGAAAGUCGACACUCCUCAAAGCCAUCGCCGAUGGUCUGGUUCCGGGUAUACCAUGGAGUACGCGCAUUCUCCUUCUAGGUCAGACGAGAGAGGACGACUUGGGAGAUGAGAUGACUGCGUUGAGCCUGGAGAGCGAGACUGUCCUGCAGCAUGUUGUCCGGAGUGAUCGGGUUCGAGAGCGCUACGUGCGAGAAGCGAAAUUGCUUAGUGAGGCGGUCGAGAACUCUGUUGAUUCCAUGGCACCGGUUCAGGCGUACAGGCGUAUUGGGCAUGAAAGAUUAGGUUUGCAAUUGAGAGAGGGUCAUCGGAUUGCUGAGAGGAGGAGUGGUGCUCGGGGUAAAGCAGCCAGGAAGGAGCUGAUUAAGCUUGAAGAGCGCUUCGAAGAAUCUGAGAAGCGGCUGCAGGAGACUGAGAUCGAUGCUACCAAGCUCAGCGAAGAGACACAGGCAGCUGCGGAUUUGCUUGCUGGUGUGCAGGCCUCCCUCGAGCUCAUGGAUGCAGCUGAGGCAGAAGCGAAAGCACGCGUGGUCUUGCUAGGCCUUGGCUUCAAGGCGGAUCGCAUCGACAGGCCUGUGUCGGAACUCUCAGGAGGAUGGAAGACGCGCUGCGAUCUAGCUUGUGCUCUCACACAGUAUGCGGACGUACUACUUCUGGACGAGCCCACCAACUUCCUAGACUUGCCGUCAAUUAUCUGGCUACAAGACUAUAUCCGCAAUCUCAAAGGCACGACUGUCCUCAUAACGACCCAUGAUCGCGACUUUGGAGACGCGGUAGCCGAAGAGCUCAUUGUCCUCCGCAACCAGGUUCUCGAGACUUUCCGCGGUAACCUCAGUCUGUACGAGCGCGAAAGAUGGAAGAAGGUCAGGUACAUGACUAAGAUGAAGGAUGCCCAGGACAAGCAGAAGAAGCACAUUGAGAAGACCAUCGCAGGCAACAUCAAGGCCGCCAAGGACAAGGGAGACGACAAGAAAUUGAAACAGGCUGCGUCUCGGAAGAAAAAACUUGAUGAUAGAAUGGGGCUGCAGGUCAGUGCCAAAGGUGGUCGCUUCAAGCUGAACCGCGAUCUCGCAGGCUAUCACACGACGCAGCGGGCGGAGAUUGAGAUACCUGAUUUUGAUCCCCCAGUGCACCUCUCCUUCCCACAUCAGCCGCCCGAGUUGAAGUUUCCCGGGGCACUGGUAAGUAUAGAGAAGGUGUCAUUUGCAUACCCUGGGCGAAAGAAAUUGCCCAUCUUGACCGACGUCAGUCUGACCAUACAUCCGAGGGACCGGGUAGGUUUAGCAGGCCUGAACGGUUCGGGCAAGACGACGCUGGUCUCCAUAAUAAUGGGCGGUGAUGAAGAGGGCGGUCUCAAGCCCACAUCUGGCAGUGUCGCGCGCCAUGCAAGGGUGAAGAUUGGCCGCUUCUCGCAGCAGUCGGUCGAAGAGCUCACUGCGACCGCGGCUGCCAACCCUCAGACGACAGCGCUCCGGCACGUGAUGGAAAGUAUUAGCGAGGGCGCACAGGAGAAGGAUGCGCGGACAGUGCUGGGUGGACUGGGACUCCAUGGCCAGACGGUGUCGGAUGUUCCGCUCGUGCUCCUGUCGGGAGGGCAGAAGGUCAGGGUCGCACUUGCCAAGUUGCUAUGGCCGCCGCCGCAACUGCUCAUUCUCGACGAGGUGACGACGCACCUCGACGCUGAUACUAUUUUGGGUCUCGUGAUGGCGCUGCGCGAGUACGAUGGAGCGCUGCUGGUGGUGACACACGACCGGUUCUUCAUGAGAACGGUGGUGCAGAGGGAGUCGGCGUACAAGCUAGCGCCAGGGGUUCACGCGUCCGAGGGCGAGGCUGACGACAGCAGCGAGUCGGAGGAUGAAGCGCCAGGGUUAGCUCCGGGGAGCGUUUUUCGGCUGACUAGAGGGCAGCUCAGGAAGCUUGACGGCGGCAUGGACGAGUAUGAGGACAUUGCGGCGCGGACAGCGGCGAGGCUGGCCAGGGCGGAAACCAUCAUGGGCGAAACCGAAUCGUCCACGCCUCGCUCCACCGCCGAACCACAGCUCAAGGCGGCCAAGGACAAGAACUGUCCCUUUUGCGGCCAGGCCUUCACCUCGUCCAGCCUGGGACGCCAUCUGGACCUGUACAUCCGCCCGAAAAAUCCAAAGGCGCCCGAUGGCGUGCACAAUGUCGACGAGAUACGGAAGCUGCGCGGCGGCAUCACACGGCGGCAGGCCAAGGGCAGCGUGUCAACACCGCGGAGAGACGACAGCGGCACGAGCACGCCCGCGAACAAGAAGCGCAUAGCGAGCGAGGAUUCGGUCCUCGUGCAGAGCCCGGAAGACGACGAUGAGCCGCUCGAGGUGGGCAAGACGAGGGGGCAGUUCAAGGAUGUGAGCUGGGGAAGCGGCCACCGGCCCUCACGACUCAACACCAAAACACCAGACCCGCGCCGGGACGCAUCGCGGCAGUCGCGAAAAGCCGAGCUGGACCAGAGGCAGAAGUCGAAUGAGGAGACUGAGAUUGCGAGUGCCACCGAGAUGGCGCUGCGGGAGCUACUGAAGAGCGUGCAAGUAGCCAACGCAAAAGCAUCCGGCUCCGGCCUCUUCGAAUUCGACCCCUACACCCAGAGCUUCCCCUCGCUGUGCCUCCAGAUCCUCCCCGCGCCCUCUACCCUCUUCUCCCCCACGCCCUUUCCCACGUCCGAGUCAUGGUCCAUCACCCCGCCGGGACAGAAGCAGUUCGAAGCGCUGAAUAAGCAGGUCCGCGAGCGUCUGCUUGCCUACCAGCGCCAGCGCCAGAUCAACCAGGUCUAUCCCUCGGGCUCACACUCUUCCGCUCCUUCCACCACCACCUCGCCCCUGCCCACCCCACCGCUCUUCGACCACGACCCACAACGCCUCUUUGGCCACAUUGCAGACGCCUUCCACCACUGGACACAGCAGUCAGAUAAGACGAGGCAGGAGUGCUGGCAGGUUGAGAUACUGCGCUGCUAUGCCCGUGCCGACGACAGGCGACGGGAAGCCGAGGUGCAGCUGGGGAAUGCACGCAGGGAAAUUGAAUACCUGAAAGCCAACCGCUGGACCUCAGGCGCUCCCGAUGUAUCGCCCAUCAGCAUCAACCUUGGUACCGACACGGCUAGGGAGCUUGCUAAGCACGGCAUGGACUACCGCAACUGGGACUACGACCGCCUCAUCGACAAGUGGCGGACCGCUAUACGCGAGAACAGGGCCUCGGUCUCCGGCAUGGGCGCGCAAAAGCCAUUGCCCGGUGGUACCAGUACCAGAAGCUGCUCCAUGGCUAGCAUCCCACCACAAUUCGCUACUGUGAACCAGCCCAGGCAAGGCAGCCCAAUCAAGGUCGAAUCCAACAUGCCCUUUAGCGCGCCGCCCACCGUAUGUGGUGAUGGAGACUGCGAUCAGGUUGAUGCGGAAGGCGACGAUGACGACGACGACAUUGACCUGACGCCCCAAACCAUUGAGGAAGAUGACUCGAUGCAUCAGAUGCAACAUCAGGCCCAACAACAAGCCUUGCAUCACCCCCAGCCCCAACAUCACCACGGAGCACCCCUCCAGCCCACCCCGCCACAUCCUUCGCAACAGUUUCAGCCACACAUGCAACCUACCCAGCACAUCACGCAGGCCCAGAUUGCUCAAGCGCAGGCUCAAGCCCAAGCAUGGGCAGCCGCACGCCAGCACAUGAACCAGUCGCGCAACCAAGACUUCCGGCCCCACCAGCAGCACCAGCUCUCGCCCCAUGUGCAGCACGUCGGCUCAGCUGACAGCAGUCGCCGAGAAUCGCUAGCCAUGAUGGACCCCCACGCCAUGAACCAAAACAACAUGAGCGGCAUGGGCAACUCCAUGGGCAUGUCAAGCGGCAUGGACGGUCUCGACAGCCACCAAGACCAAUUCCUGCGCAUGGACAUGGGCAUGUCAACGGGCUUUGUCGGCUCCAACGACCCCAGCGUCUCGAUGGGUUGA